AUGGAAGUAAUUGAAUCACUAAAUAAACAAGCACUUGCAUAAACAGAUUCUUAAUAAGCUCUAGAAAUUCUAGAUAGAGCUCUUGGUCUAUUAUAAUACAAUGCUGAUUGUGGUAAAAUCAUAGAUCGCAAUCUCAUAGUUACCAUUAUCUAUAAUCUUGCUGGUGUUAAUUAAGCGUAAAUUUACUUAAAUCUAUAUUCAGAUUAUGUAAUCUAGAUAAAGCUGCCUAAUACUUAGAAGGAACCGUUUUUAAUUUAUAAGAAAUGAUUCAAUAAGAAAACAAUCAAGUUUUUCUGAUUAAACGAAUGCAUCUAUUAGCUGUUGUAUAAAUAUAAUAUUGUGGUAUAUUAUCACAAUUGAAUUAACAUUAAGUGGCAUCCAAUGUUGCACACUCUACAAUUUUAUUACUUAAUAGACUUUUCGAUAUCAGUUAUUAAUAUUAAAGCAGUUAAUAGACAACUAAUAAAAAAGUAUAAAAAUAUUAAAAAGGAUAAUACAUUUUUGAAGAGUAUGAUUUUAAGAAUCUAUUACUAAAAAGAUCAGAUGAAUUACUUAAAUUCAUCAAAUAAUUUAUUACUAAUUAAUUAAUAGAAUCAGAGGAACAACCAAAAUUAUAAGAAAUAGCAAAUCAUAUUUUUACAUAGAAAUUGAAUUCUUUAAAUAAUGAUAAAUUGCCUAAAUAAACAUUUUCUAAACUAUAUCAAAGAUCAAUGAUAGGUUUACUUAAUGAAAAUGAAUGGUUAUUAUCAUUUAAUGUAAGUAAUAUAAUGUUUAUACGAUUGCUUUCUUAUGAAGAAGUUUGUCUCAAAGGAGAAAUCUUAUAUGAAUUUAGUUAAAAAGUUUUAAUUGAGAAAUUAAUUCUAUUAUCUAUGGCCUACUUUUCUCUUGCUUCUGAAACUAGGUUCUUAAAGAAUGAACAAAAGUCUUAAUUUUACCAUCUUAAAUCUAUUUAUAUUGUAAGCAAUGUGUUAUAUGAUAAUUCUCCAUAUUUAGAUCAUCUUAUUUAAUCAUUUUAUACUCAUUAUUAAUAAUAAUUGGAGACUAUUGUAAAUUUAUGAAAAGUAUAUUUUAGGUUGAAGAAUAGUCUUUUGUUGAUUAGAGUACUAAAGUGAGUUUAAAGAGGAAAGUAAGUUUAAUGGCAAAUAAAGAAAAUUGUAAUGAUCAUCUUAAAUAAUUGAUUGAAAGUCUUUCAAAGGAUAAAUAAUAAAAAUAAGAAUCAAUUUAGAAAACAUUAAAUUAAUUAUAAAGUUUAAAAGACAGUAAUAAAUAAUGAAUAUUUUUUAGAGUUAAACAAAUCACGUUCUGAAACUAUAUUGAAAAGAUUUAAAACUGAACCUAGUUUACAUUUUGAUAAAAGUGAAAAAAAUUGUAAAUAAAUACUAUAAUAAUUAAUGAAAUAAUGA